CAGGUAAUUGCUGCCAUGGAAACACAACUGUCUAAUGGGCCAACUUGCAAUAACACAGCCAAUGGUCCAACCACCAUAAACAACAACUGCUCAUCACCAGUUGACUCUGGGAAUACAGAGGACAGCAAGACCAACUUAAUAGUCAACUAUCUUCCUCAGAACAUGACACAGGAAGAGCUAAAGAGUCUUUUUGGGAGCAUUGGUGAGAUAGAGUCCUGUAAGCUUGUAAGAGACAAAAUAACAGGGCAGAGCUUGGGAUAUGGUUUUGUGAACUACAUCGACCCCAAGGAUGCAGAGAAAGCUAUCAACACUCUGAAUGGAUUGAGACUUCAAACCAAAACAAUAAAAGUUUCCUAUGCUCGCCCAAGUUCAGCUUCUAUCAGAGAUGCAAAUUUGUAUGUCAGUGGACUUCCAAAAACAAUGACCCAGAAGGAGUUAGAACAGCUUUUUUCACAAUAUGGACGCAUUAUUACUUCACGUAUUCUUGUUGACCAAGUCACUGGCAUAUCAAGGGGUGUAGGGUUUAUUCGAUUUGACAAGCGGCUUGAGGCAGAAGAAGCUAUCAAAGGCCUAAAUGGCCAG